ACGGGCGAUGCAUUUCUUUUUAUUUAUCUCACGCGUGUAAUCGGAGGAGGUGCUCGUCCGAAAAGACACUCCAAGCGAUUCCGACGGAGCCCUCGCCGUCCGCGAGCGCGGCCCGGCGGGGCGGGUCGAUCGGGGUCAGCAGCUGCCGCCAGUGCGUGCGCGAGGACGUCGGCGAGGAGCUCAGCCACACCCCUUCGGCGAGCUCGAGCUCGAACCACGAGACGAGGCACGGGACCGCGGCCGAAGCUGCCGAGCUGCCGCCGCCGCCGCUGCCGCUCCUACCGUCACCGCUGCCACUCCUGCCGUCGCCGCUGCCACUCCUGCCGUCACUGCUGCCGCCGCCGCCGCCGCCGCCGUCGGCGCUGCCGCCGCCACUCCUGCUGCUCGGCGGCGAGGCCGGCAUGGAGGCGGGCGUCGGCGCGAUUCGCGUCGCGUGCGCCACGCCAUGCUGAGGGCUGUGCGACAGGUCGGGCGGGUGGCGCAAGCUGCAGCCCCACAACCGAACCGAGUCCGUCAUCCACCU